GGGUGAAUUCUGCGAGAGACACGUUACGGAGGUUUUCCUCCACCCCUACGAGUUCACCCCUUAGUGAUUCGAUGGGCGUCGUGGUGGGGGAAAUGUGGGCCGGCCGAUGGGCGUGGCUUGUUCCAGGACGAAAAAACUCGAACCUUUCGCUGCCGUGUUGUACUUAGUCUCCACUGAGACGCCAGACGGCGCAGUCGAACGCGCGGAAUUCGGUACUCUGUGCUCGAAUUUCAGCUCCUGAUCGUCCGGUGAACUGUGAAAUUAUACACACGUUAUAAGGCAAACAAUAUUAAUAAAGCGAACAAAAUAUUGGGUGACAAGGUCACAAUUUCAAUUGACGCGUUGUUUCGUCCAAGUGUAAAUAGAAGUGCUCGAUCGCUGAUACAAUCGAGCGUGUACGAUCGCUGUAAUAAUUGAUUUGGCCGUUGGUUUUUCAAUUGUCUGUGCAAAAUGAUGCACACGAUGAGCGAGCACACGGCAGGAUCUGGCGGACUGGGUGUCAGUGUGCUUCCCUUCGAUGGGAUGGGUUUGUUCGAACAGCAACGACCCAGAUUCCUCUUCAAGAUGCCCAAGGUUGUUCCCAAUCAGAAAGCCAAGUUCGAGACGGAGGAACUGUUCAGGCGACUGAGCCGCGAAAGCGAGGUCAGGUACACUGGUUACCGAGACAGGCCAGUCGAAGAACGCCAAGUACGCUUCCAAAAUGGCUGUCGAGAGGGCUACACGGAGAUCGCGUUCGCCGCAACUGGAACAAACCUCCAGCUCGUUUUCGGCAAUGCUUCCGGCAAUUACGCCAGCGAUAUCAACGACUGCGACUUUGAAAAGGAACGUGGCAAGGUGCACCUCAGAUCUCGCUUGAUAAUGAACGGAGUGUGCGUGAUGUGGCGCGGAUGGAUCGAUUUGGAGAGGUUGGACGGUGUCGGUUGCCUGGAGUACGACGAGAAACGAGCCGCCGAGGAGGACGCUCUUCUACGCGAUCAGCUAGAACGUUACAAUCAACGGGUGCGCGAUUUCGACGAGAAACAGAGGGCGUACAGAACCGGGGCUACCCAGCCGCCUCAUCUCAACCAUCACCACCAUCACCACCAUCAUCAUCACGGCCACCACGGCCACCACGUGACCGGAACUGGCGCCGGUGCCGCCGGAGCCAUCGAGCCUCAUCUCACCCACCGGCAAGAUCCCGAAAUGGAAGUCAGACUGAGAGCCUACUGAGGCACCGAGAAAUCCACCAACGAAACCACUUGACUUCUCUUCGAUCUGGGACUACUUCCGGGACCGCCCCCGAGCCAGUUUGAAACCGAGAGAACGAACGUGCCACGAGAGAUCCUCUGGGAGGAAUCUGGACGACGGUUUGGCCCACGCUCGUAAGAUGUUCGAGUAAUUUGGAGUAUUUGUAAACGAGGCUAGAUCUCGUGACAGUGGCAUUCGUAUGGGGAUUGAGGAUCGCGAGGCAAUUAUUUGAUUUUCUUACCAAUCCUUUGGUACUCUCUUUUGCGGGAUAACUCGGCGAAACGAUGGAACUGUCAAUGGGAAUCGAUUGUCCCCGGAGUAGUAGAUUUUUAUUUGUUUGCGCGAUGAAAUUUUCGAGCAUUUUUUUAAAAGGAUACUUGACAGUGUUGGAAUGAUCUUGAUUUAAAUAAACUCGGGCGGGUUUUGGUUUUGAAGUUGGACAGAACGAAUCGCAGAUUCGUUGCCGAUAUUUUCUGACAGUUUAUUCACGUUCUUUUCUUUCGUGCUUUUUUCAAAAUCUCGCGUUUCCCAAAAUCCCGAGAUCGCUCGUCGCCAAAUUCCUCUCAAAGGAUUGUCGCAUGUUGACAUCGUGUAUCCAUCCCCGACGACAAAUUUUGUAAUCAACAAACGAUCAGAAUCGUUAAAAUUAAGUGACACGCGUUCAUCUCAUUAUUCACACACCGUUAGAGUCGAGAUUUUUUCAGAAAUGUUUGAAACUAAUGUUUCUGAAACUUUUUUUUUUUUUUGGGGGGGGGGGGUAUCGGUGCAAUCUCAUAAAAUUUUACUCAAACACCACUGAAAUUAGUUCGAACGCCAGUGAGUGGCGAUUACUGCGUUUGAUUUAUCCUCGAGAAUGAUCGAAGAUCAACUAAAUACUACUACGUCCACGUAACAACGCCGAAUUUCUAUGUACAAUUAACGAUAAUAAGGAUCAUCGUCGUGUAACGCUUAAGGAACGUGUCCGUUUUAACAAUUUCUCUUUUCCUAGGGGAUUCCCGUUGCACGUUCUACUUCAAUUGACACGAAAAGUGAAAAGUCAACAUUACGUUUACGAUAUUAUGAUUUCUAUCCCAGCGAAGGAAGUUUUGUAACGAGAUAUAUUUUUUAUCAUUCAGUCUGGCAUAUACAGUGACGAGCAUAUGAAUAGGGAAAAAAGUAUUUUUCAUUUAAUAUUUCUCCUAUUCUGUUUGCGAACGUACGAUUCCUUAACCUUAAUCGUUUAUGAGUAUAGUUUGUAUAAUUUUUUUUUUCUUUUCAUUUACGCUACAGAACAUUGCCGUGCAUACUAACAGUACAGGAAACAAUUUCGCAAACUUUUCUGCAAGAACCACACUGAGAUACAUGUUUGCUAUUUACAUACUUAUAACUAGAGCUAAAACUAAGAGAACUGUUAAGUCACUGAGAAACACAACUAAGCACUCGACACAGAUCCGUUACAGAUGCCAAUCAUGGCAUUUGAAAAAUCUGGGAAUAAUCAACAGAGGAAUAGUACAUGGUUUGGUAGUAAAAAGAAUUUUAAUCCAUUGUGUGCGGAGGGAAAUAAAUAGUUUAUUAAUUAAAACAUUCCUAUUGUCGUUGAGAUUGGGGCACUGCCAAAUUAUAAUUAACAUUGUCUGAUCUUUGAACAAAAAGAUGCACAUGUUGAAAGCCGGGUGAACUUUGGACGAGCAGCUAAAUAGGGUAACAUCGAUUUUGUUCCAAAAAAGUAACUUAUUUCACUUUUCAAAUAUAAAUUUCCUUACUUGUACAGCAUAUUGAUAAUUGGUAAUUAAUAUUUUGUCGGGCCACCGUUACGUUUCAUCGCCCCAAGCACAGAAUUUACAAGCGUGACUACAACGUGCAAAAUAUUUAAAUCGGAAGGUUUCACCAUUUUAAUUCCCUUCUCUAGAUAAUUCCAGAGAAUUCAAUGGACGAUUAUGUUGGCCAACGCAUUAACAUUAACAUUACGUUCCUUCAAAAAUCCUUUAGCCUUAAUGUGUGUUUAAGAUAAUUGUCUGCUUGAAAUAUCCUCUAAGUUCUUCUUCGGCAAAAGGUAUUGAACGGUAUUGAACUUUUGUCCAGGAUGUCAAUAUAGUGAUCCAUAAUGGUCAUUUAAUAGGGCCAUAAAUUAGACCAAGACUGUUUAUAGCCAUUCCAAUCCAGACCAUAACAGAACCUCCUCUUCCUUUAAUUGUUCUUUAAUUCGAUCUUGUGCACUUAUCACCUAUUCUUCGUGUUCAAACAAUUGAAUUUGGAUUCAUCUGUAAAUAUUUUACUCUGACUGAUCUUUUGGCGAAAGCUAAUCUCAUUCUGCUAAACGUCGUCGGACAACGUGAACACACUAAUUUGCGUGUUCAUUCGAGUCGAAAUUUCGCGAUGAAUGUCAACUGCAGUUUGGGUUAGGUCGAUCUGCUUCUGACAGACGGUGUGUCGUCCAAUAGUAUUUUCACUUUCAUUUACUCUUACGUGCUUUAGCGCUUGACGAACGGCAUUAAAUUGGAAUACCAAGACGAUUUUUCAUUCUGUAAAUGGGGAAAUUUCCACGACCCAUUUCUAUAUGAAAAAAAACUGAUAUUCUCUAUUAUUAUUUGUAACUAUUCAACGUAUCUGUGCAUAAUAUUCAAAGAUUCUUAUCACAACAAUACUCGCUGGGUGUGGAAGAACUGUGAUUUCCCUAUUUACCUGCUCGCUACAAACGAAGAUUUGCAAAGUGUGUUGGCUUAGAAUACGAAUAAUCGAAGGCCAAAGAAGGAAAAGGCAAGACACGAACCUACAUUUUGCCUAAAUUUCGAGAAAAUUUCCUCCCCAUUUAUAUGCUCACCACUCUAUGAAUUAUCCUUCAUUCUUGAACGUCCUUGUUUAACGAAGAUACACAUCGUUUAGCUCUAAGGAUCUAUAUCGUUAGAUGAAUCGUACCACGUUACAGCAACAAACGUAAAGGUAAACGACUGCGAGAUUAAUUCGCCUGACUCUUUCGAGAUUGCUGCCCAACUGGGAAGAUUGUUCGACUUGGAAAGAAAAUUGUUUUGGUCAUAUCAUCAUUGUAACAGCGAGUCUCGAAAGAGCGACCUUUCAAUUGCAAUUUUUUUCUUGUCUCUUUUUUUUAGUCAAUUUGUAUCGGUGAAUUUUAACUUACAAGAUAUUACGAGACUUACGAAACUGUGUAUGUGCAUAAAGUGUGUCACGUAUUUUCGCAUCGCUGGUUCUUUUUCAUAUUUAAAUGUCACGCGAAGCGAAGCGAUCGAAAGAAAAGUUUUUAAUAUCAAGGCAAGCAACGUUUCUUUCGUUUUGUUCUUUAAAUUUCCGGAGAGUUUCCUUUUGAGUGAGACCGAGUGUGACCGAGUUUUUGAAAAGAAGAAUGACAACUUUACGGUUGUUUCUGUUCCAUCGUAUAUUCGCUAUAGCCCGUGCAACGAACUCUAACGCGUAUUUUAUCCGUUGUCUCGUCGUUUCCUAUCGACCACACGAGAAAAGAUUCUUUUCCAACGGGAGAACGACAGUGGGAAUGACGACGUCGCACGCGAAAGCCUCGAAUCUUCGCUACGACUUUUCAACAUAUCAGCGUAGAACGCACGACCGACGCGGAUGUUUGUUCGAUCCGGCAGUCGAAACAUUUCUUGAAACACUUCUUCGUGCUUUCUUUCCUCAAAAUUCUAAGUUUGACUGAUCUCUGACGUUAAAUUUCAUCCUUUUCCUUCAAAUAAAGGCUUCGUUCUCGAGAACCUGUUUUUCAAGAAAUGCGUAAACUGUAACAAAUUACUGUAAACAAAAGAUGUCCAAGGUGUGCGGUUACAACAACAGACGAAAUCGUUCCGUGUCAUCUCAGCGUCGCAGAGAUGACGAAAGCACACCUUGAAACGAGAGUGCUCCUGUUUUCGAUCCCUGUAGCGAUUUUAAUUAUGUACACGCGCACGCGCAAACGUCGAUUCAUCCACGUUCCGCUGUUCCGAACCAAACAGAGGAACGUCUUCGAAUUUUUUUUUUAAAUCAGAAACGAGAAGAAAGGAAAUCUACAAUUUUUUAAUCUAGAGUCUUCCUGACGGCGUUUUCAUUGGCGAAAAGGCAGAGAAGCGAGAAUGUAAAUGGAAAUGCGAUGGAAGAGAGAGAGAGAGAGAGAUGGUCGAGCAGUGCGUCAUGUCCAACAAGGAGGAGCAUGAUUCACGAGAAGAAGAUUCCCUUUGAAAUUCCUCCCGUGAAACGCGUUCGACGAGUCGUCGACCGACAUUUCGUUUCGUAUGCGCCUCGAAAUCUACACACGCGAACCGCCACCGACCUUUCCGUUUCUAUUGUACAUAUUUGUAAAGUGUUUAGGUUAAUUCGUAACGCGGCGGCUUCGAGGCUCCUUUUUGGAUUUUGCGUUCGUUACUGGCGCAGCAAACCCGUGCGUGAAUGAAUCACCAUGCUGGGAGGGAAAAACCCAGAAACGACCGAGCGACCGUCUAUGGAGAUCGCGCCACGAUCCUCCACGCUCCGAUUGUAUAAAGCUGUUCAACGAUUAAACGUAACUUCCGUCGAAUAUUAA